ACACAGUAUUCAUGCAAGUAAAUUCCAUUUGGAAAAGCAAAGCAAAGCAAAAAACCAUUCCCGCCAUCAUAUCCUUUCUCUCACAUCAUGUACAACACGAGUACGAAGAUGGACAUUCUGUGGGCCGAGAAGGGCCCGAACGGCGAGCUUCCGCUGCCGGAAAGCCCGAGAGGGCCCAUGGAGUUUCUGUCGCGGUCGUGGAGCGCCUCCGCCCUUCAACUAUCUAAAGCCCUCACUCCUACUUCCAAUACCUCCGCAAUGCUCGUCAAGACCGCCGUACCUCACGCCGCCGCCGCCAUACCCGAAAACAACGCCGCCGAAGAAGAGGAGAGCGCUAAGCUUUCAGGCAACACCUUUUCAUUUGCUUCCACCGCCACUUCUCAGCUCAUUCUUGAGCGCAUCAUGUCUCAAUCCGAGAUUUCACCACUAACAUCGGGAAGGCUUUCUCAUAGUAGCGGGCCUCUAAAUUGUCUCACCGAGGAAACCGAGUCGCCUCCGAUUUCACCCUCCGACGAAUACGAGGACGUCGUCAAGUAUUUACGAGCAAACAACACGCUGCAACCCCUGUUCACCGGCACCCCCCGAGCCGGGUUCGCCGCGGCGGCUGCCGUUGGCGGGGCGAACACGCCCGGUGGGAAGACGGUGGGGAGGUGGCUGAAGGAGCGGAGGGAGAAGAAGAAAGAAGAAACCAGGACCCACAACGCGCAGCUGCACGCGGCCGUCUCCGUGGCCGGCGUGGCCGCCGCCAUCGCUGCGAUAGCGGCUGCUACCGCGGCCUCGUCCUCCAACUGCAAGGACGAGCAGAUGGCGAAGACGGACAUGGCGGUGGCCUCGGCCGCCACGCUUGUGGCGGCACAGUGCGUGGAGGCGGCGGAGAUAAUGGGGGCCGACCGCGACCACCUCUUGUCGGCCAUCAGCUCCGCCGUGAACGUCCGGUCACACGGCGACAUAUCAACCCUCACGGCCGCUGCCGCCACAGCUCUACGAGGCGUGGCAACGUUGAAGGCGAGAGCUCUGAAAGAAGUGUGGAACGUGGCAGCAGCCGUGCCUGUGCCUGUGGCUAUAGAGAGAGGGGCGAGUUUAGGCAAUGGGAAUAACACUAACUCAAGCAGCAACAACUCCGGCAGCUACUGCGAGGAGCUCGUGCCCGAGGAGAAUUUCCUUGCUGCUUGCAAUCAAGAGAUGCUUGCUCGAGGCACUGAGCUUCUCAAACGAACUCGCAAAGGCGAUCUUCACUGGAAAGUUGUAUCUGUUUAUAUUCACCGGAGUGGGAAUGUGAUGCUGAAGAUGAAGAGCAGACACGUGGGAAACACCUUCACCAAGAAGAAGAAAAAUGCGGUGGUGGAUGUUCUGAAAGACAUGGCGGCGUGGCCGGGGAGACACCUGUUCGAGGAUGGGGAGCAGAGGCGGUACUUCGGACUGAAGACGGAAGGGCGAGGAGUGGUGGAGUUUGAAUGCAGGAAUGCGAGAGAGUAUGAGAUGUGGACGCAGGGGGUGUCGAGGCUUCUCUCCAUGGUUGCGGAGAGGAAGAGGAGGCAUUAUAAAUAGCUUCAUUAAGAAUAAACUCUCAUUUGAGACAAGAAUGUGUGUAGCUAACCCACACUUUUCUGCUUAUCAGAAUUGUGCGUUUUUAUAGCUUGUUUCAAUCGUCUCUUCUAGGAUUUGGAAGUAGUAAGAUUGUGUGUUUCAUGUCUCCAGCCAUCACAAUGUGCACAACUCAGAUUAGUUUAAACUAAUACAUCAAUGCUUGGAAGAUUACAA